AGGUGCGCCAGAUUGGAACCCUAUGACCAGACUAGUCUCAUUUUGUAAUCACGGUAAAGGUAUACUUCGUAUAAUUUACUUCGAUUACAUGCUUCAUUAAUUUUUUAGUUUUUGUUCCCUUUUAGUCUCCUCUCGGUGUUUGACCUUUCCCAUCAUCCCUUGCGAAUUUGGCGACAACCAAACAUGGCCGCGUUGUGUAAAGUGGCGUGUUCCGUGAGGAGCGCUUCAUGUGUCCGUGUUUUUAUGAGAAGACCGGUUUCUAUUCGAGCAGCACUGUUCCACCCAGAAAGCCAUGGCGAUUCAGGAGAAGAUUCGGGGACCGAAACGUCCACGCCAGCAGCGGAUAAGCGAAAGAGCGGCUUUGCUGCCGCAUUCGAGCUGCAUUCCGAGCUGCAACAGAAGCAAGAUCAGACGGCUGGGGAAAUUCGGCCAUCGCCAGUGAAGGAUGGGAAGUCUUUUGCGACCAUGCUGCGACAUUCUCCUCUGAUGCAGAUGGGACCAGCCAAGGACAAAAUCACUGUGGGCAAGAUCUUUCACAUUGUCGAUGACGAUUUGUACAUUGACUUUGGGGCCAAGUUUCACUGUGUCUGCAAACGACCGAAUGUGGACGGGGAGAAAUACCAGAGGGGCAGCAGGGUACGAUUGCGUCUUGUCGACCUGGAGCUCACCUCCCGCUUCUUAGGGGCAAAUACUGACACUACCUUACUGGAGGCGGAUGCUGUUCUUCUCGGACUGGUGGAAAGCAGAGAUGCUAAGCUGAAAGAGGCAAAAUGAAAAGAAUUGGAACGAGUGCCAAUUUACGUGUAUUUUUUGAUGUCGCUAGCUACCUAUUGGCUUAGUUAGCUAUAGCCAAUAGCUAAAUGGGCAAAUACUGAAAGUAUUGUUCUUUAGUAGCUAUUCGCUGCAACUGUCUCUCAACAAUAAAGUGUGAUGUUGUGUAGUAAGUGUUUAAUGGUUUAAAAAGUUCAACUAUUUAAGUUUAUUAAUUAGUUGUGACAACUAGCACUCAACGGGGUUGCAAGUCUGAAGAAAUGACGCAUUUCCUUUUAAAAUGGAUAGAGAAUUACGGAAUAUAUUUUGGAAAUAAUACCGUCUUUUUUAUAAUGCAGCACGCAGUACUGGACAGAGUAAUAAAAAGGCUAAACCUGUAAAUAUAUUGGCUAAUGCAGCUGUCCGCUGCGUAAGUAUCAAGUCCAUGUUUGCUCCACCUUCGUAGUCAACUAGUUUUAGCGGUUCUGUGUACCAUUUAAAUUAAGAACAAGGCAGUAAAACCAGAUUUUCCUUUUCCCAAUUUGCAUUCAUAUGUUACAUAUACAUAUAUGUUUCCGGUUUAAAAUUAUUGGGACUGAAAUAUUAUGGUAAACAAGCCCCAUGCACCAAAAGUUGUUUAACUUGUUAUGAAA